GACAGACAUGUGCAGCGCCCGCCAUUAGACCCUCUCACCCGGGUUAACGUCUCCGUUCUCAGAAAGUAUGUAAGGGCCAAAGUCUCAGCGCGGUCAUGACCGAAACCGCAAUCAAGUUGCCCUCGACCUAAUAUCAUGUACUUCAAGCUGUCCACCCGGAAAAUUCGACAUCAUUACGACGAAGAUCCAGCCACUGUUCGUUCUAUCAAUCAUCAGCGCUUGAAGAGCGUCAGCGCUAGACUUGCAUCGACCAUUGCUGCAAGGAACAUCAUCAGUGUCAUACAGCGUCGUGAGGUUGUCCAUAGAUUGGAUAUUGGGGACAGUUCAUUGGGCGAUGAGGGUUGCGUACAGCUCUUCAACUUUCUAGACUCUCCUGCCGGUCAAAGAUGUAAGAACAGCCUCACCGAGCUGUACCUCACAAAGAACGAUAUAGGUGCAAAGGGUCUACUUGCUGUAUCAAAGUUUAUCAAGGACAACGACGUGCUCAGGGAGCUAUGUUUAUCCGGUAACCCAUUGUCGAUAAAUGUGGAUGUCAUCGCACAGUUCACCACUGCACUGAACAGCUCGAGGCUAUGCACGCUCCAGCUGAUCCAUAACGGCACUCUCUCUGAUACCUUCAUUCGCGCGUUUCUUCCCAGGCUCAACACGCGGUAUCUGCGUCAACUCGGCCUUUCUGCCAUCAAUAUUACCCGCGCUGUGGUUCCUACAAUUAUCGAAUAUGUAACCUCACCACGUUGCAGACUGGACCGAUUGCAGUGCAACGCGAACAGCCUGACACUACCCGGAGCGCGCGAAAUCAUCAGCGCUAUCGAGCGCGAGAACUACAGCCUUUUCAGGGUCAACCUUGAUGACCUGCAUAUUGACGAAUAUGACGGUGAUGGCGAGGAGCGCACUCUUGCGUGGCAAGAGGGUUGGCGGAUCUUAAACAAUGCUGCGCAGAGGAACCUAACGAGUAAGAUACGGGUGAAGAAGCAAGCUGUCUCACUGCUGCUGUACAGCCGUGCAUUGUUCCUUCGGUCGAGCAUGCGGGACAUACAUGGCGGUGCUCCUGACUUUACUUCUGUUUCCACGCUCAAUCGACUUUCCGCAAGUAUCGAGUCAAAUAUCAUUUCCGCUCCCUCGAUGUUCUUCCAACUGCCUGAGGAAAUACAACAGGAAAUCAUCGCUUUACUGGCACCGGAUUUAUCUCACCGGCAGCGAAUGCGCGUCGUUGCAUUUGCUGCAGAUUUCCGGACACUCCCACAGCUUGAUGAACCUCAUCUUGAGGCGGAGAAUACGGCGCAUCUUCCGGAGUUCAUGCGGGCAGGUCUUAGCCGGAAGGCUGAUACAACCACCGACAUACCAUAUGAAGGCUCAUGGAAGCCUCCAGCGUGGUGGGAGUGUGCGUGCCCCGAAGGGGACCGUAGAAAUUGCCGAACUCUGCACCGCUGGGAGAGAGAGAGGCGAGAUGUGUGGCUGACGCGUGUUGGAUGCGACGUUUGGGAGCCUGAAUUUACCCUGCGGGACGCAGACCUUUGAUCGCGACUAGUUCGGAUUCAGAAUGGACGAUGGACAACUUUGAUUUCCACUCCUUGCACUCACUAUUAACGUCUAAACGUCCAUUGAUCAAUGCCAUAAUAAUGUCAAUGAUUCUUCGGAUCGUGCGGCUGAUCAUUUGCACAGAUAAUUACAUAAUUUUUGUCGCUGUGCGCUGCUGUGUUUCCUAUGGAAAGUCCAUAACACUUAAGUUUGUCCCCCGCCGUUCCCAAAUUGCAUCUUCCCUUAUCCUUAUCACUCACUCGACCUCUACGUCCACCAUCUGCUAUCUUAGCUGAUAUAUUUGACUCUACAUCUUGAGUCUAUCAGCUUUCGGUCACACUCAUCAUUGAUCAGUUCAUAAAUGUUGGGCGACCUUCCUUCUAAGUCGAAAGGAGUUCAAAGGGCACUCCUUAUUAGUGUGGCAAAAGUAGCCGGUUUCGAC